UGUGUGACUGUGACUGAGUGUGGCAGUGCUCUCCUCGGAAGCUUUGGUACGUUUGUGAAACCCCACUUUAACUCCACCUACUGCCCUUCUUUUUCUUUCUCCACUGCAUGAAUCUCUCACACUCGCAGUUGAGAGAGGGAGAGGGAGAAUACCACCGGCAAAGAGCUCAAAAGCUGUACUAGGGAUUUGAAGAUUAGCAACUAAUUAAGUAGCAGUGUUCAUAGGUUGGAUAAGAUGAUGUUGAGGAAGAGGAGCAGACCAGUUCAAAAGGAUCAAAGUAAAGAGCACUUCAUGUCUCAAAAGGCCUCUUGUAGCCCCUUCCCUAAUGCCCCUGGCCUGCUUGUGGGAUUCACCAGCAAGGGCUCUUCAGACUGUGGUGCAGUUUGGAGCCCUACACCUGCAGGCAUUCAUGGCAGGCUUAAAUGUUGGGACAGCAGCAAGGUAGGCCUUGGCCUCCUUGAUUUUCUCAAUGAUGAUGAGGAAACCAAACCUUGUGGAAAGGCCUCAGGGCACUCUGGGAACAGGAACAUUGUGUUCAGUUCACAGAUGAGGAACAAUGCCUCGACCCAUGACUAUGGUAUCUUGUCACAGCCACAAUUUCAAUCACCGAAACCACAUUCUGGUUCUUCAGGGCUUGUUACUAAGUCUUUUAACAAUGUCAAGAACUACUUGAAUUCAGAGGUUCAACCAGAGUCCAAUUUUCAGAAGGUUUUGGGAUCUUCUCAUAGACUUCUUAGCACAAUCUCUUCGAGUGAGAUGGAGCGAUCGGAGGACUACACUUGCAUUAUAUCUUAUGGUCCUAGCCCCAAACUGACUCACAUUUUUGGAGAUUGCAUACUUGAAAGCCGCAUCAUAGGAUCAACAUCUCUUAAGAAAUCUGGUCAUAAAGAGGAAGAUUCACUAUCAUGCUCUUCUUGCAAGGAGAAAUUAGAAGAGGGAAAAGACAUCUUUAUGUGUAGUAGCAACAAAGCUCUAUGUAGCUGUGUUUGCUGUGACCAAGAAAGAUUGAUGGAAGAAAAGGAGAAACCCAGAAUAUUUUCAGCUGCCACUCCUGGUUCAUCAGACCAUGAGGAGAUAUUGCUUGAUGAGAUGGCCUUCAGCUUUGUAGGCUGAGGAUUCAAAUUCAGAAGAUAAAACAGUUUGAUCAUCUGUUUAUCAAGAGCCAUGCCGGUGUUGUGAAAUUGAUCUUUUGCAAAAAAGAAAAGUUAAUAUCACCAUGUACAUUCAUUUCUUUGUUUCAGGAUUCAUAGUACUGUUAGCCGGAUCUUGCAGGCAAUUGCUCUACCUGUCUUUUUCUUCUGUUCUAAACCUCAGAUCAAAGAAUAUGGUCAGUUUUAAUUGUAUUGCUUAAUAAUUUGUGUACCAACUUCUUUUUGGUGAAAUCUACAAUUUUUCU